CCGUGCGCUGUGAUUAUCGCUGUAAUCCAUACUCCGCUUAACGCAAACGAUUUAAAAUUAGAAGAACAAAGACAGGCUCGAUGAAUGACAUCCACAAAAAUCUGCGUAUAGGAUUAGAGCAUUGCCGAUUGAAGCUGAUUGGUUAAGCAUUUUACCGGUGAAAAUCUUAUAGACAUCACUGCUGAAGAUUGAUCUAUUUAUCGUUGAACUCUGAAUCUACUCUCACGUCAUGAGAAGCGUCGUACUGUAUACUGCAUUGUGGCUGAUAGUCGUGGCCAGUCUGGUAGAAACAAGGAGGGCUAAAAAUGAGCAAUCUAAAGAUAGAGUUUCGAAAGGGAAGAAUUCAAAAAUUAGAAAUAAACAGUCCAAGGAUGAGUGUUACAUCAAACAAGAAAAUCAAAUGUACGUGGUGAUCUGUGGRGAGAAAACCACGAAGCCUACAAAGCGACCCAAAGAAAACAGCGUAUUUAGCGAUUGGCCAAACCGUGCGAGGUCAUCUGAGAAAUGCAAGUGUGAACGAGGAAAACGUGGACCUCGUGGUAGCAGAGGUCGCCAGGGUAACCGUGGACGUCCGGGUAAACAAGGCUCUGAGGGACCCCCGGGAAACGACGGCCGUGAUGGUAGGCCUGGAAUACCGGGAGCAAAGGGACCUGCUGGUGUUCCUGGAUUACAGGGCCAACCUGGUUCGAAAGGCACCAAAGGAGAAAGGGGUUUACAAGGAUUACCGGGCAUUAAUGGAAGACAAGGACUACCUGGUUUAAUAGGGCCACCGGGGAACUGCAUCAAAAAAUCCAACGUUGGCCGUGUAGCGUCGCCUCAGUUUUACUGCUUACCUGGUAAACAAGGGAUCAAGGGAGACAAAGGCAGAACGGGAAACAUCGGUCCGGUUGGUCCCGCGGGUCCAAGCGGAAAAGACGGCUUGAAAGGUGAACGAGGUGACGAUGGGCCGAGAGGUCGUAUCGGACGGCCGGGACCUCCAGGAGAUUUUAAUAACUUCUACUGUAGUCCCCGGUAUACAGCUUGGAUUGACGUUAACCAGUGGGAYUCUUCUCAUCCCGAUGUGUACUGCGAUACCAAGGAAUUCCUCCAGGGAUUUCGCAUAGAGAAAAAUAACUACCGAAAAAGAUAUCGAUACAUUUGCUGUAAGCUUACCAAGAAAGGUUAAGGAUCCAAUGACGAACAAGUUUCUAUAUAGCUUAUAUGGUAGAUACUGUCAUGGUGCAUGAUAAGAUGCUCGUUAAGCGUACUUUAGAAUGACCUCAAUAUAAACUAAACAUAACAUCAUCACCAUGGAAACAUCUAUGAGUUGACAUUGUCAUUUAACAUAGAAACAAUCWCAACACAGCAUUAUCCUUAGUUCAUCACAGUAUUCCAUUCCUGAGUGAAAUUGGGAGGUCCGAAAGUUAGAGAGAGACAAAAAUAUUAAUCUUAUCUCUAUCAAACUUUCUUCGACCUUUGACGAAACGUGGAUGCCACUGAUAUACGWUUUCGAUAACACCUCAUUUCUAGCUGAUUUUUGUAACUGCGCCUGAAUUAAGUCAUCAGUAAAACGCUAUGAAAGAUAAAAUUAAAUUCAAAUAAUAUAAUAGAGUAUAGAAAAUUCAUAGAGUGAGCUCAUUGAAAAGGGACCAGAGAGUAAGAAGGUCUUAUCCAGGGUGAUUAGUGAUUAGCUACCCUCUUAUUAGGGCUCGAAAAUUAGAAAUAAAAAUCAUGACAUAAUAAAAUCAGAACAAUUAAAUACG